UGUUGUAGAAAAAGAUACGGGGAAGAAGGAAACAGGAGACCGUACAGGGGUCAAAGUUAGAAAUACUCGCGCGGUGGCGUCGGUGUCAGAGCAGUCGGCAGUGGUAGUGGUGGUGAUAGUGGUUGGUUAGUGGUCGGCUGAUGUCCGACUGCAGGCUGCACAUAUGUGUGCAGCACGCAGGGCAUAAUAAUCGAAGAGAGGGGUGUUGGCGAUGGUGGAGGCGCUCUGCGGGGCCCACUUGUUCGCCGGUGGGUUGGCUUGACACUCGUGAGCGCGUUGCCGGUACGGCAACAUCGGGUGCUUCCCCUGCGCUUCGGUGCGACCGACGGCGUUCACGUCUUCGCAUUCGCUGUCAAGAAGACCGACGGGACCACAAUACGGGGACACAUACGAAUGUAUCACCGAGGCACCGAGAGACUCGAGAGAAAAGACUACGAUUUUCUAUGCAAGAGUCGCAGUCAAUAAGGCGGGAGACAAGUCAACCGAGAUCAGUGAUCGUAACUGAGAUAUUAAAGACGAAGUGCGACACGAGGUGUCCGGCGACGUGCCGAAAAGUUGCAUCCUCGAGCGCAGAGAACAUGUUUUGAGGCGAGGGAGGCGAAGACAGUUUGGACGUUCGAAAACAUAUAGUGAUUUGCAUACUUGAAGAAGAGAGCAACAAAAGCGAAACAUGACGACCGAAUCGUUGUCGCGCGAGGUGGAUGCACACAUCGUCACCAUCCUGACGAGGCUGUCGGCCCUCCGGGAGAACAAUGCCGACGUCGUCGAGAGGAAGGCACCGAUGUCCAUCGAAGCUCGCAGUCUGGAGCUGUGGCGUGCGGUAGCUGUUGAGUGCUUCGCUACUUUCCUCUUCAGCCUGGUGGUAUCCGGCGCGGCCGCGGCCUCCGCCGUAUCCGGAAGCGGACUCUCCGUGUUAGCUACCGCGGUGGCCUCUGGCUUUGCCAUCGCCGCGAUCUCUCUCAUCUUCAGCCAUGUCAGCGGUGGACACGUGAAUCCAGCGGUCUCCGUGUCGUUUGCUUUGUGCAGACGGAUCUCUCCGCUUCGCGCGGUGCUCUAUAUAGCGGCGCAAUGUGGCGGCGGCAUAGCUGGGGUGGCGAUGCUUUAUGGAGUAACUACACCCUCGAACACGCAGACCCUAACAUCCCCCGGCCGACUAGGAGGCCCGAUCGAGAGGCUGCUGAUUGAGUUAGCAUUAUCGGUGCUUAUCAUGUUAGCACAUUUCGCCGCGGACUCACCUAGAUCACUGCCACCUGCGAUCUCCACAAAAGCUCCCGGCGUUUUGGCCGCAGCUUACACAGCGGCUACACUCGUUUCCAGUCCCUUCUUGAACCCAGCGCGCGCUCUAGGUCCGGCCUUCGUCAUGAAUCGCUGGGACAACCACUGGGUGUACUGGGUGGGCCCAUUGUCGGGAGGCGCCGUGGCAGCUUUACUGCACGAGUACGUGCUGAGUCCCAAACGCAGCAAAGACCCGCGCGAGAUGGACGACGGCGAUAACUCGUCCAUGAGAUCCGACGAGGACACGUACGACGACCUCGACAAACCGAACGGACCCAAGUUCCCCAGCGCAUAUGCGACUUACCGCCCGGUCGCUGGCGCGUCUUCGUCGAUCUACAGCGCACCUCCGUCCGCAUUGGAGCGCGUCGAGUCGAUCUAUGGCGGCACCAAAUCGUUAUACUGCAAGUCACCGCCGUUGACGCGCGCCAAUCUCAACCGCUCGCAGAGCGUCUACGCGAAAUCAACGUCAGGCCCGCGGGACGGCUUGAUGAUCCCGAAGCCGGGGCCGUUGGUGCCGGCGCAGAGUCUGUAUCCCAUUCGUCUGGGUGGUCAGAACGGCUGCCAAAACGGGCUGGCUCGCGAGAACCAGCCCGUGACUGGAGCAGGUGGUGGUACUGGCGGCGGCGGCGGCAAUGGCGGUGGUCCGCCUAGCCAGACCUCGCAGAACCACAACAGCACCAAUCAGAACAUGCAGAACCAACUGCAGCAAUGUACACAGAGCAUCUACGGCAUCCGCGGCAUCUCCACGAGUCUCAGUACGCGAGAGAACGGUAUCUAUGGAUUGUCCACGGGCUCCAGCAUCUACGGCCGCGCGCCGGCACCGUCUCCGGGCAGCCAAAAUUCGCAGCAGUCCGCUCAACAAGGCGGUCAGUCCUCAGUGCAAAGCCACCCACCGCCGCCACCGCCGCAGCAGCAGCAGCAGCAGCAGCAGCAGCAACAGCAACAGCAACAGCAACAACAACAGCAGCAGCAUCAGCAUCAAAACGGGCCGUUAUCGAGCGGUUCUGACAGCGGACCGAACACCAGACGGCCAGAAAGCAUGUAUGGCCACGUGUCAAGGCGCAGCGACGAUUCCGCGUACGGCAGCUAUCAGAGCUCGACGAGGGGCAAUUACGGCAAGGUGCCUGGGCCACCGGGCCCAUCCAGCGGCCCGCCGGGACCGCCGCAGUACCGCGAUCAAGGUAGACCAAGCCCGGCCGGACUUCAGCAGAGUCAGAGCGCGCAGGGUAACUUCCAAAGAAACUCGCCGAAUCCUCAAUAUUGACUAUAGACUGAGAGUCGAUGGAUACUACGAAGAUCGUUGUGCCAUUGGCAAAUCAUUCCCGAUCGUGGAGGAUCCGCCGGCUGCCGGGUCGUUUUAAUCCGCGCGGCAGAAUAUAUUUUGAUGAUUUCGACGUAGAGUAUAAUCUCUAAGCGGUUAGGAAAAUCUGUAUAUAGACUUUAAUUAAUGAAUGUUUAUAAUUUUUCUACGUGUAUCUGCUGCCAUGAUAAUUCUUCCUGCAUUGGAACGUGUCAAACUCGUUCAGGAUAUCGAAUAAUGAAAAAAAUAAUAUAGACGAGAACGGUUUGCCGUUUAUCUUGAUGACUGCCAGCGUCUAAGUGAUAUAAAGUCGGACUUUGUUAAUCUUUAUAAUGGCAGGCAAACGUGUUUACGAUCAUCUUAUUUGCGAACUGAUGUGACUGUAUAUAAAAAUUUAUAGAUUCAAAUUACGAUUUAUUAUUUAUGAUAGAGUAUCGAAGGUUGAAUAUAUUCUCGGUAAAACGGAAGUAUUUUUUGUACUUUCUGUUGUACAAUAAGAUCAAUUUCCACAUCUAAUUCUC